CAGAGCUGCGGCCGAGUUAUUUGUUUACCGCAUCGCACAUCGCAAGGAAGGAGAGUAAAUUUGGCUUUUUCUUCACCCCAGCAGGCAUACCAGCAAGCGAGCAAUGGGUACGGACGACCUCGGUAAAGGGGAGAAAAUUCUAAACGGAUUUCAAAUCAACUGGAUGAUACUGCGGGAUGCGGACACGGGUAAGAUCAUCUGGCAGGAGAACAAGGACUUCUCCUGCCCGGACGUCGAGCACGAGGCGAAGGUGCCGGUCAAGAUACUCAGCUUGCGUGCCGUGUCGCGGGAAAUCAACUUCAGCACCGUCGAGGCGAUGGAAAACUUUCGACUCGAUCAGAAGGUCCUCUUCAAGGGGCGCAUUAUGGAGGAAUGGUUUUUCGAGAUGGGAUGGGUCAGCCCGAACACGACCAACACCUGGCAGUCGACCAUCGAGGCCGCGCCCGAGUCGCAGAUGAUGCCGGCCAAAGUGCUGAACGGCAACGUGACCAUCGAGACGAGCUUUUACGACGGCGACACGCUCAUCAGCAAGUCGGUGGUGCGGUUAUACUACAUCUAAGGCAAGGGGCGGGCCGGGGUGGGAUGAUGCCCGCGCGUGUUCAAACGACCGAACGGGGGGCACACGGUCGGGACUGCUAGUUCAAAUCAUUUUUCAACGAACUCCUUCGAAUUCGCCAUUGAGCCAUUCGCUUGCUGACGUGGUACGGCACUAAAGGCACACACGCCGAUUUGUUUUUCCACUAUCUUGCCCAGUUUCAUGGGACCAUCAUAUUAUUAUUAGGUAGUUUAGAUACGGACACACCAGCCAUGCCAGGGAAGCGCUUGGGCAUUUCUGGUGGGGUGAAUCUGAAACCAAAAAAAAAACACCUCAAUGCUCUCAUUGCUGCACUAGCAACGGCAAAAUAGGAUGCAAAGGACACACAGACACAUUGUACUUAAGCGACAGUACAACAGCUACCAUUCGACGAUCACAUCUGCCUCACGCGAGCGGCUUAGCAAAAUGGUUUUUUUUUUCGAUUCACACUCUAAUCAAACACUAAAAAGUGCACGCAUCAAGGGGCGCCCGACUAUGCUAGCAUGUAAUGAUGAAUGUUAUAAUGUAAGUAAUCACAGAAUUAAGCACCAUUUUUUAAUGUAUAAGUCAAUCUUUUUUAUACGAACGUGAAAGGCGCUGAACUGUGUAUCUGCCUAAGUUCAGCUUCAAGGAAGCUGUGUCCCUUAUUUUACAAAACGUUGAAAUACAUGUCACCAAAUGUACGUAAAGCAAU